AUGUGCCCUGGCGCCAUGAGAAGCCGCGCAGCCAGCGGACUGUUCGGACGGAGCAGAGGCCCUGCGUCCGGGCGGACGAGCGUGACUGCUGUCGUCGCGCUUCUAGUUGCAUGCACGUGGCUCAUGACAGUGGUUGUUCUAGUUCUCGGCCCCGGUGGGGGCCACGACGCCAGUGCGUCGAUCGGGCAAACAGUCGCCGACCGGUGGGCGUCCGUUUCAAAGUGGUCUACCGAGCCAUUCAAGUUUCCCUUGCAGAAGGAAUCCGGCCAGUCAUCGGAGGUCGGCAGCUUCAUUCCAGCCAAACGGCCGUUUGAAAGUGAAAACGAGGUGCCCACAAGAGGGGAGGUGGAGAUCGCCCCCCCCGAGCUGGACGCGAGCGGCGGGAAAGAUGCUGCACAACCGAAAAAGGCGGGCAGAGGUUCAAAGUACGACCAGACGGCCCAACCUGCGGACGUCCAAAACGGUCAGUGGCCCUUGUCAGUGACCGGGGGUGAGGAACGGCCCCCUGCGGGUGUCCCCUACGACGCCGCCGAAUGCUGCGAUGACGUGGCAGAGGAUGCAAGGAGCGGAGCGGUUCUGCCGGAACGGAGGCGGCCGCGGAUCGAGCUGGUCAGCUGGCGGCCGCGCGUCGCGGUAAUCCACGACUUUUUGAACGACACCGAGUGCGACCGGCUGAUUGCGCUGGGCGCGGGCGAACUAGAGCGGUCCGCCAGGGUGCAGCCGGACGGGCGCUCGGCCGUGGAUCGCGGGCGCACCAGCUCCGGGUCGUUCCUCGGGGGAUCCCUCCGCCAGGAUCCGAUCGUGCAAGCCGUCGAGGCAAGUGCGUUUGGCACAGUGGCUCGCAUUGCGGAGAACACGUUCCUGCCGCCAGAGAAUGGAGAGGUGAUGCAGAUCCUUCGCUACGAGAACGGCCAAUUCUAUGGGACACACUACGACCUGUUCUCCGGGGAGAUGAUGCGCGGACAACCGGGAGGAAACAGAGUCGCCACCAUGAUCAUGUACCUGUCGGACGUCCAAGAAGGCGGGGAGACCCUGUUUCCAACCGCUUAUGUUCCCGGACAGCCGACCCCUUCGGGAUUGUGCGGAGGAGUCCGGACGUCAGGCGUGUCGGUGUCGCCGAAGAAAGGGAAUGCCGUGUUCUUCUGGAACAAGAAUCCGGACGGGCGGCCGGAUCCGGAGAGCAUUCACACCAGUUGCACCGUGCUGAAGGGCGAAAAGUGGAGCGCUACGAAGUGGAUCCGGGAGCGCUCCCUUGAGGAGCCGCGGAAAGGGCGGAAUCCGUUCAGCGUUUUCCAGUCUCACAGUGAGCAGGAGAAAAGCACGGCUAAGUGA